AUGGAGAACAAGCUUGAAAGUGCAACGAGCAGAGGUGUUACUCAAUGUAAAAAUCGUUGGAGUAAGAUAUGUAAGGCUGUGCAAAAGUUUGUUGGGUGUUAUGAGGAGGCUAAUCGAAACAUAGGCAGUGGACAUGAAAGCAAGGAUGUCCUCAAUGCAACAAAGAAGAUAUAUUCAAAUGACGAUGAGAAGAAAGAUUUCGUCCAUGAAGAUGCUCGGCGUAUACUCAGAGAUGAGCCCAAAUGGAAGGCCAGUUACUGCGAAUCAUCUCGUAACAGUGGUGGAAGUUCAAAGCGAACGAAAACAAGUGAAGAUGGUGGUUAUUCAAGUUCGUGUUCGGCGACACCAUACUUUGAUGUGGAUGACCCAACUCCUCCUACUCGCCCCCCCGGUAUUAAAGCAACAGUCAAGAAACAAAGUUUGAAGCAACAAUCCGAGAAAAUAGAAGCACUUCUGAAAGCUAAAAGGUUGGAAAAAACAGUGAGGAAGAUUGAUCGGGAUGCUAAACGACUACAAUUUGCUUCAAAUAAGAUGGAGAUGCUCAUGAUGUUAAUGGCCAAAGGUGAUGAUAAUCUAACUGAUUUUGAAAAAGAGUGA